AAAAUCGCCUCCCUGUCUUCAGCGGCGCACCUCCACAGAGUAACAGUUGCCGCCGACGCGGAGCAGCCCGAGCUGGGAGGUACCCACUUGUCCGCGGGCCGCGGCUACUAGCUCCCCUCCUACUUCUCCGUCCAUCCCCCACUCGUCUCCUCUCCUCCCACUCCACUGCCCUCAGCAGCCUCUGCGCCCACUCCGCCUUCUAGAACAUCUAGGGAGCAUCCCACUCCGCAUGGUCGCCCCAUAGCGCCCCCAAGCUCCCUCGAGACACCGUACCACCCCCACCGACGCACCGGCGGCAAUGGCGUUCGGCGGCGGCCUGGCCAUGUACCACGUCCUCGGCGUGGCCACCUGCGUGGCGCUGCUCUACUUCACCUUCGGCGCGGUGGACCUCCGCCACAUCUCGCUCCCGUCCCUGCCCGGCUCCGGCGCCUCCCCCCGCGCGGCCGCCGUGGCGGCGCCCUUCGUGGAGCGGCGCGGCGCGCAGCUAUUCCUGGAGGGCGAGCCGUUCUACCCGAACGGGUGGAACUCGUACUGGCUCAUGGACCAGGCCGUGGAGCCGAGGUCCCGGGACCGCGUGUCCCGCAUGUUCCGCGCCGCCGCCGAGAUGGGCCUCACCGUGUGCCGCUCCUGGGCAUUCAACGACGGCGCCUACAACGCCCUCCAGGUCUCCCCAGGCCACUUCGACGAGCGCGUCUUCAAGGCGCUGGACCGGGUGCUGGUGGAGGCCGGGCGGCACGGCGUGCGGCUGAUCCUGAGCCUGGCGAACAACCUGGAGGCGUACGGCGGGAAGACGCAGUACGUGCGGUGGGCGUGGGAGGAGGGCGUCGGCCUCUCCGCCUCCAACGACUCCUUCUUCUUCGACCCCGCCAUCCGCGACUACUUCAAGGUCUACCUCAAGACGCUGCUGACGAGGAAGAACCACUUGACGGGGGUGGAGUACAGGGACGACCCCACCAUCCUCGCUUGGGAGCUGAUGAACGAGCCCCGCUGCACCACGGACCUAUCCGGCGACACGCUCCAGCGCUGGAUCGAGGAGAUGGCGGUGUACGUGAAGUCCAUCGACAGGAAGCACCUGCUCACCGUCGGCGCCGAGGGGUUCUACGGGCCGACGAGCCCCCCCAGCAAGCUGGACGUCAACCCGGGGACCUGGAAGGACAACAACUACGGCUCCGACUUCAUCCGCAACGCCAAGAUCCCGGACAUUGACUUCGCCUCCAUCCACCUCUACCCCGACACCUGGCUGCUGAAGCAGCGCGCCACGGCGGAGGAGAAGCUCGAGUUCGCGAAGCGGUGGGUGGCCUCCCACAUCGAGGACGGGGACACGGAGCUGGGCAAGCCGGUGCUCACCACCGAGUUCGGGCUGUCCAAGCGCGCCCAGGGCUUCGACCCCUCCCACCGCGACGUCCUCUACAGGGCCAUCUACGACAUCGUCUACGGGUCGGCCGCACGGGGCGGCGCGGGCGCCGCCGCCUUCGUGUGGCAGCUCGCGCCGGAGGGCAUGGAGGAGUACCACGACGACUACUCGGUCGUGCCCAGCGAGCACCCGUCGCUGCGCAGGCUGAUCAAGGAGCAGUCGUGCAGGCUCGCCAAGCUGAGGCGCGGCGCCGGGGAGGAGGCCAAGCGGGCGCUGGCGGCGUGCGCCGCCGGCUCGUCGUAGGAAGAGAAGCCAUCUCCUUGCGUCCUCUGAGCUUCUGUUGCGCCCAGGUCGAGCUUUUUUGUCGUUUGUCUUGUCCUCCGAAUCAAGCGAGUGGUGAAGUGUGUCAGAAAAAAAAAUCACCAGAAAACGAAUAGAAAGCAGGUAAAAAAAAGGGUGCGCCUCGUGAGGCUGCUGGUUAGAUUAGUUUUAAGAUUGCUUAAAAAAAAGGAUUCGUUUAGGCAUUGUCGCCAGCGCCAAGCCGCCGACACCCGCGGAAGAGCAGAUCUGCAUAGGUGAAGCUACAGUUUCCUUGAUGUGCAACGGCACGGUAGAUGCCCUUGACCUUUGAUAUGUAAAGUCAUCGUGGAGGGGCAUCCAAUGGUAAUAGCCGUCCUAUAUAUAAUGGCUCUGUUUGGAUACUCUAA